AUGGCCAAAAAUGGAGUGGCUGUUGGAAUUGAUCUAGGCACAACAUAUUCUUGUGUUGGAGUUUGGCAACAUGAUCGAGUUGAAAUCAUUGCUAAUGAUCAGGGUAAUAGAACUACACCAUCAUGUGUUGCUUUCACUGAUACGGAGCGUUUCAUUGGUGAUGCUGCUAAAAAUCAAUCUGCCCUUAAUCCUACAAGCACUAUUUUUGAUGCUAAAAGGUUGAUUGGAAGGAGGUUUUCGGAUUCAACCGUGCAAAGUGACAUGAAGCUUUGGCCUUUCAAGGUCGUUGGUGAUUUUGGUGAUAAGCCAAAGAUUGUUGUGAAUUACAGAGGUGUGGAGAAAGAAUUCUCACCGGAGGAGUUAUCUUCCAUGGUUCUCAAUAAGAUGAAGGAUGUAGCAGAAGAGUACCUGGGAAAGGAAGUGAAAGAUGUUGUUAUAACUGUCCCUGCACACUUCAAUGACUCACAGCGCCAGGCUACAAAAGAUGCAGCAAAAAUAGCGGGACUUGAUGUACUGCGGGUUCUUGUUGAGCCCACAGCUGCUGCAGUCGCUUAUGGUCUUGAACACAAGCUUACAAGCAAUCCUAUGGCGCAAAAGAAUGUUCUUAUAUUUGAUUUAGGUGGUGGUACUUUUGAUGUUUCUCUACUUAAGAUCAGAAAGGAUAAUAUUGAAGUACAGGCUACUGCUGGCAAUACUCACCUCGGAGGUGAGGACUUUGACAAUCGUUUGCUAAACCACUUUGUUGAGGAAUUCAAGAGGAAGCACAAAAAGGACAUCUGUCGAAAUGCUAAAUCUUUAAGAAGAUUGAAAAUUGCUUGCGAGAAGGCAAAGAGGGUUCUUUCUUAUAAUAACAAGACGACUAUUGAUGUUGAUGCUUUGUAUGAGGGAAUUGAUUACUCUGCAAAGAUCACACGUGCCAGAUUUGAGAAUUUAAACAUGGAUCUUUUUCUGAGUUGUAUCGAGACUGUGAAAAAAUGUUUGGAAGAUGCGCGGAUGGACAAGAGUAAAGUCCAUGAUAUUGUUCUUGUGGGCGGAUCCACGAGAAUUCCAAAAGUGCAACAACUAUUGCAACAGUUUUUUGAUAGGGAGGAACUUUGCAAGAACAUAAAUCCUGAUGAGGCUGUUGCUUAUGGCGCAGCUGUCGAAGCUGCAAUAUUAAGCGGAGAGGAUAAUCAGAUCAUCAAGAACUUAAUGUUGCUUGAUGUUACUCCUCUUUCUCUCGGGAUUGCAGUUGAAGGAGGUGCCAUGUCUGUAAUUAUUCCAAGGAACACAACCAUUCCCAACUCGGUUGAAAAACAAUUCUCUACAGCUGAGGAUGAUCAGACCAGUGCUACGAUUGCAGUUUUUGAGGGUGAGAGAACAAGAAUCACAGACAAUAGCUUGCUUGGACAUUUUGAGCUAUCUGACCUGCCUCCUGGCCCGAGAGGCAGUGCUCAAAUCUCUGUAAUGUUCACAAUUGAUGCUAAUGGGGUGUUAAGUGUUUUCGCGGAGAAUAAAGCUACUGGAGUGAGGAAUAGCAUUAAGAUCAUCAGAAGAGGAACGCUUAAAGAGGAUGAGAUUGAACGGAUGAUAAAAGAAGCUGAACAAUUCAAGAUUGAAGACGAGGAGUUCACAAGAAAGAACAACGCAAUGCUUGCAUUUAAGGACUGUAUAUAUAAAAUGCGAGACUUUUUCAAAAGAAACAACAAGCUUGAAGCGUCUGUUAAGAAGAUGAUAAAAUAUUCCUUCGAGGAUGCUAUCGAAUGGCUUGAUGCAAAUAAGAAUGCUGAAGUUUACGAGUACGAGUUCAAGAAGAAGCAGUUUGAAGCAAUCUGCAAUCACCUAGUUGCUGGCAUUGCAGAUCUGAAGAUCGAGGAAGUCUAG